CUGCUUUCUGGAACGACAUUGAGUUAUAUCAUGGAUCAGAAGGAAAGGUGUACCGAAGAGAGGUCACUAGAAGAUACGCCGGGGACGCUCCAGUUCACAAGGACUCUCGCAAGAACAUACCGACUUUUUGGGAACUUGUUCCUCUCUGAGCCGCCUCUGAAGUUGCGUGACAAAGUGGAUGAACUUCGACCUUAUUUGCUCGAGCUUGAACAUCGGGAGAAAAGCACCGAAAUCGAUCAUAAGGCAAUAUCCGAUGAACUAUCUUCCUUCCAGCUCGCAGAGACACAGCUCUGGAAGGAGCCACUUCCCACCCGUUGUUCGGAGCAUAUUGUUCGUCCAUCAGGCUCAUGGCAGGCACGUAUCGCUCAUCACCUACACAAUCCUUCCUAUACCACCCUUCACGCCAAAAACGGGGAGGUUGCUGAUGCUACAAAUGGGUGCACGGCACUCAUUAUGAACCAUCACUACGACCCCGAGCGUCACUUCAUGUUUGACCACUUCCACCGACGAGAGGACUUCUGCCCAUUUGCAAAAUAUCCGGAUCAUAUCCGAGCUUUCCAUGAGAAUCACACGGAAUGGAUUCGAAACACACUGCAGGCAAAGAUAGAGAUAAUAUACGGUUCUUCGGUAAGAAAAUGGGCGAUGAAGCAUUUGGAUUUGACAUCACUUAAUCUGUGGGGGGAGUACGAAGGUGUUUGGCUCCACUUCGAGUGGAAGCCGAUUGUGGCAGGGAAGAAGAUCGCAAGGAUCAUUAUAUUCGCGCUACACCCACAGAGAUUUCUCUCCUAUCAGUCGAGGUCACAAAGAGAAGCAAUAGAGCAGGAUUUAAGGAUUAGUGUUGCCCAUCAGUUGGCGUGCCUGCCUUUUACUGAUGAUUACUAUGCUACGAGGCUUUGGACAAGUAAGGCUGAAUUUAUUCAGAACACGUAUUUCAAUGCGCGGUGUCUAGCCGAGAAAGAAAACUCUCGGUUCGGUAUUGUCGACCUGCCGAGGCAAAGAAAUAUACCAACACCGGAUGCUGCAUGCCCUAUAACCACAGAUACCAGCGGGGUCAUGAGCCUAAAAAGGUUGGAUGAGGUGCUCUUGAAAGUUUUGGACAGUAGGAAGCGCCUCGGCUCGCGAGAGUUCAGACAGGAAUAUAAGUCCCUGGAUAUGCAAAACGACUUGCUGGAGCCGUUCCCCUGUGCGGUCAUGAGAGAAUGGUUUGAGACCCAACAGCAUUCAUUUUUUGGUGGAAUAUCCAUCAGGACUCGCGACGACCUGCUCUUUGCGUACAAUAAGCAUCGUGUUGGAGGUGAUGAACCACAAUCAUCUAACCUAAGUACCAUGGAGUUAAUUCAAGGCUUGAUGAAUAUUCAACAAGCGAGGAUUCGGAACCGCAUCUAUCGUGUCUACCGACCAACAGCCAGAUCCUCCUGUUACUAUUCCACAUUUGAAAGCAUGCCUUGUGUAUGCGACAACUGUCGCUGCCCGCAGCCUCCCGAUCUCCCUGAAUAUACCACCGUUGCAGCUCGCAAGCUGAUCCGCACCGAUGAUGAGUGCGAAGGGUAUUCCACUACCGUUAAACUCUGGUGCUUAUACUGCAGGGAAAGGACUGUGAUAGGGAAAACUUCCAUUCGAAACCGAGCACUGGACAAAAGUCCCCAAUGGACCAAAGGAGCACGUCCUAAAUACAUUCCCAGAUCGUUCACAUGUCAUAACUGCUCUCGCAAUGACCAGCAUUUUGUUCCCAUCAAUGGAGAUAUAUCCUUCAUCCCCCUACGCGAUCUCGCUAUAUUUGCGUUCAAUUUCUCGUAUAUGGACGACCAAACCCUGAUCGCGCAUCUUGAUGCCCGCCCCUCGAGCACAUUCACCGCUCGGGGCUAUACCAGACAUUCACAGGUAAACCUCGGUAAUGCCAACACGCCCGGGAGUCUAGAUACCGGCCCUCCCCUAAAGAGGCGCAGGGGCACGAGAAAGGUUGACGCAUCACAAGUACAGUUGCAGAAUAGGAUUGCUGGCGAGCCUUCUGAGUAUAAUGACGACCACCCGACGGAACCAAACGGCGGCAAGUCUAUGAUUGAAAAUUAUAGUAAGCCAGCUAUUAUCGAGUUAAAAUGCAGCAAAUGUGGUCAGCGCUGUGGUAGCAACUAUCGACCUAGGCGGCAUCGAGAUACGGGUGAUUAUAUCGCACUUUCGAGGCCCCAGUGCCCUCAAGGUUGCACGAACCAAAAAGUCUGGCUAGUACCAGUUUCUGAUAUUGAAUAUAUGACGGCCAAUAUGCUAGAAGCCCGGUAGAGAAGCGAUGAGCGCCAUCGACAAAGGUACGGUCCUGUUCUUCGUCUUGCUAAGCCUCUGUCGGAGAGAGCUCUGGGGACGACUAGUUGGAGGGUCAGAAGUCUCGGACAACAAAAGCUACAGAAUGAGCUACAUCUAUCUUGAGAUUUGCAAUCUCACCUUUUCCUCACUAUAGACUGCUUGGAGGGAAACGAGAAGUCAACGGGGAGGCACACAAUAUAGACGAAGUCAUGAUCAUUUGAAAGAGGACAU